CAAUCUUCGCCAUGACUGUCGGCCAGAGGACCUCAAAAAACCAUUCGGGCAAAUUGGUCCUGUCAAGGACAUUUACUUGCCAAGGGACUAUUAUACUCGGUGAGCUUGUCUUGCAUUGUCUUUAUCUACACAAUUCUUUCCCUCCUUGAAAGAAGAAGAAGAAGAAAGAAAGGGAGGAAGAGAGAUCUCAUAGACAAGUGAUGGAGUUAUUACAUUCAGACAUUUCAUAUCUUUAGAUACUUUGUCCUAUACAGUCCAACGUAUGGCCUUUCAUCUUUUGGAACUAGAUAUUUUAUAUUUUAGUUUUUGAGAGUCAAUUCAUUAAAUUAAGUUUGACUAGGGAUGGCACAUAGGGCGGGUGGUUGCGGGACAAACCCUCAUAACCCACGGAGACUUUAAUCUGCCCUGCUCCGCAUAGACUGAUUCAUUGUUUUCAACCCGCCUUGUGCUCUGCCCCACGUAAAACCCAUCCCCCACCCCCGCAUAAUUUGCUAUUUUUUUAUAAAAAAAAUAAUUCACGGAAGAUGUUUUGAAGAAUGGAAUAUAGUCCUUGAGUUAAAUCUCCUCUCCUAAAACACCCAUUAAUCACAUUAUUGAUGUCCAAAGUAAACCAAGUGCUUCAGCUUUUAUUUUCUUUGUUACCGUCGUUUUCCAAGCUACUGUAUCCCAUAAAUAUGUCAUAAUUCUUCAUAGCUUGGGCAAUUGAAGGGGUAGCAAAUGUGUUCUUUUUGCUGGAAGUAGCCAAGGGAAAAGCUUGGUUAUGCCGUGAUUGCACAUUGUAUAAUUGUUUAUUAGUUUAAGCUCACGUAACGCCGUAACGAUAAUUGAUGUCAGUUUCUUGUGGAGUUGAGUGUGUGUUGGUCUUUGCACGCCUAAGAAAGUUCAGUAUUAAAAUUUAUUUUUUUAGUAUUUUUCUUUUUCUUAAACCCGCAACCCACAUCAUUGUUGAAACUAUUUGAACCUGCCAAAGCUUAAUCCAUAGCUUUAAACCUGCCCUGCCCAGUUGCCAUCCCUAUGUUUGACAUAGAAAUUUCUGUUGGCUUUUGUUUAUUUUUUAUUUUGUAUUGGGUUCUGUUGUUUACUCAUUGUUAUGUCAUGUUGGGUAACACUUAAUUAAAGUUGUUGAGAUGUAGCAGUGAUACUAAAGAGUUUUGGAGACUUCAAGUAGUAAGAGUUCUGUUGACACUUUCAAGUAGUAAGAGAUGUAGCAGUGAUACUAAAGAGUUUUGGAGACUUCAAUCAAGUAAUAAGAGUUCUGUUGACACUUUCAAGUAGUAAGAGAGCUCUUGACAAUCAAUCAAGUAGUAAGAGUUCAAGGUGAUGUUAAUGGUAGUGAAGAUUGGAAGGAAUAUGGAUAUAUCAAUAGAAUGUGAAGAUUUCAAGUUUUCACGUCUUGAAGAAUUUCAAAUCAUCUUUAAACUGAUACACGAAAGGUCAGCAGCCAUGUGCUUGCUUCUGUGCUUAUCAAGGCGUUCCAAUUUUAUGGGGAUUAUUUUAGGUUUGUUGUUUUCGGGCUGUUUGAAAAUAUUGGAAGUAUUUAGUGAACCACGUGGUUUUGGAUUUAUCCAAUAUCUGGAUCCUGCUGAUGCAACAGAAGCUAAGUAUCAGAUGGAUGGUCAGGUUUUCCAAGGUCGGCAACUGACAGUAGUUUUUGCUGAGGAGAACAGGAAAAAGCCUCAAGAAAUGAGAGCUAGGGAGCGUGGAAGUGGUAGGGGUGGCCGCAACUAUGAUCGGAGAGGUACUCCCCCUAGGCACCAUAACUCUCCUCGGUAUUCACGAUCUCCACCUCCCCGUGGCCGUGAUUACUACUCUCCACCUAAGAGAAGGCAAUACUCAAGGUCUGUUUCGCCUGAAGAGAAAAGAUACAGUCGUGAGAGAUCAUAUUCUCCUCGUGGUGGUCAGGGAAGGGCAUACUCACAAUCCCCUCCUAGGGAGCAGUCUCCACCAUUCAAUGGGUCAAGAAGCCGCAGUCAAAGUCCAGUCAGGGAGCAUUCUCCACCUUAUAAUGGUUCAAGGAGUCGCAGCCGGAGUCCAGUUAGGGCACGUUCUCCAGUUAGGGGUCACAGCAGGAGGCAGAGCCCUAGUCAAGGCCAUAGUAGGAGCCCUGAUGCUGUUCAUUAUUCCAGGAAUCCUGACCAUGACGUGUCCCCGAGACACUGAAGACUCUCCUCUUGGUGACGAAUGCUGUAGUUUGAACUACAUGAUGUGAUUUUCUGUUUAAUUAGUUUUGUCAUGGAAUUCAGCAGUUGCAUGUAGUGACAAUCCAUAUGGAUUAUUUUACCGACUUGCUUCUUUUGCUUGUUUGUACUUUAUUAGUACUGAUGGAUAUGGAUGACAACAUUGCUUUCUCUUCAUGUGUGAGUCACUUGACUGAUGUUCUUUAGACUGCGUAUAUUGCAAUUGUUGCUUCUCUUCA